AUGCACUACACGCUGCUCGCCCUCGCCACGGCCGGCCUCUUUGGCUCGGUGCAGGCUGCCGGAGAGGUCAUUCCCCUGGGCCAGAACUGCACGCCAGGCGGCACGCCUUGUGCCAACGGCGCCGGCUGCUAUGCCACCAACUCGAUGCUCCAGCCAGUGUGCGGAAACUUCCAGGCCGCAUGCAAAAGCGAUCAGCAAUGCGCAUUCAACACAUGCAACCUCGCCCAAGGCCUCUGCAACGGCUUUUUGGCUUCGGCGUCUUCUUCGGCCGCCUCAGCGACCAUCACCCCCAGCCCGACGGCGCCCGGCCCCAUGCCUGCUCCCUCAUCUACCGUCACCGCGCCCGCCGGCUCGCUGCCUCUCGGCGCCGAGUGCAACCCCUAUGUGAAACCGAGCCAGUGCAUCGAGGGCGUGCAGUGCUGGGCGAGCAACGCCAUGUUGAUCGCCAAGUGCGGAAACUUCAACGCCGCCUGCACCACCGACGCCCAGUGCGCUUACAACAGCUGCAACAACGGCCUUUGCAAUGGCUUCAUUGCCUCUUCCAAGCCAGCCAACGCCACCGCCAUGUCGCCCACUCCCUCUGCCCCGGCUGGAAAUGCUACCGUGCACCCCACCGGUGCCACACCCACCUCGACCCGCGCCGUGCAGUUUACCGGUGCCGCAGCCGUAGCCAAUGUUGCCAGCGGCGCCUUCGCCAUGGUGGUUGGCGCUGUUGCCAUGGCCUUGUAG